AAGAACAAACCAAUCAAGAGUGGAAAAAAAUAAUAACCCACAUUUUAAAAUCCAUUUUUGUCCAUUUAUGUUAAGUAUCAGAAUGUCACCGUUAAAUUUGAAUACACCGAGCAGCAUUUCAGCUAGUAGUUGUUCAGUACGUCUGUCAAAGCGGUCCCCUCUGUUGUCGCUCCUGGUUGCCACUGUGCCACUGGUUCCACUGGUUUCACUGGUCCACCACAGCCCGAGAAAUCAGUAUCCAAUGGUAAUUCGCAAGAAAGAUGGCCAGCUUUGCCAGUAACACGUAUUCUCGAGUGGAGAGAGUAUGCCGACACAUGCCCGUGGUCCUGAACACCUUCCUGGUCUUCUCCAUCACGGGGGAGGUGAGCUACCUGGUCCUGGUCGAGGCGCCCCUGGAGGCGGACCGGACCCGGACGGAAUGGAUCAGCUGCUGGAAGCUGAUCCAUCUGUUGGCGCAGUACUUCAUGCUGGGCAAUAUCUGCUGGAACGCCUCGCUCUUUGUGAAGACUAGCCCGACAAUCAAAGGUGUCUUUCUGGGAGGAGAGGGCAUGGCCCAGGGAUGGAGGUACUGCUACACCUGUGAGAGCCACACCCCCCCGCGCUGCUCCCACUGCUACGACUGCCGUGCGUGCGUGCUGCGCCGUGACCACCACUGCGUGUUCUUCGGCCAGUGCGUGGGCUUCCUGAACUACCGCUACUUCCUGUGCUGCCUGCUCUUCAUGUGGGCGGGGCUUCUGUACGCGGUGGUGAUGAACGUGGAGGUGUUCAUGGUCAUCCUGAAGGAGGGAGUGACGCCCCACAGUGUGCUGCUGCUGCUGGUGCCCUGGAUCAUGCUGGUCUCAGGCCAGGUGUCUCCGCGCGCCUUCGCCUUUGCCUUCAUCGCUGACACCUGUGUGGUGGGCCUGCUGCUGGUGUCGGCCUUCCUCUUCUUCCACGUGCUGCUGCUGCUGCGGGGCCAGACCACGCGGGAGUGGUACUCGUCGCGGCGACCCUACAGCCAGGGCCCAUUUGGGAACCUCCGCCACGGCCUGGGGGCCCGCUGGUUCCUCUGCUGGCUCUGCCCGCUCAUCCCUUCGCCGCUGCCUGGGGACGGCAUCCACUUCCAGGUCACGGGGUCGCUGGAGCCCGCCGUGGCGGCGCGCUAGAGCGGAGGAGCUCAGCGUAGAUCUGCUGGAGAUGGAGCGGGAGG